AUGGCGGGAGAGAUGAUCGAGAAUGCCAUAAGAGCUGGCAAAAUCGAGGGGGAAGCGACCAAAAGAUCAGCUCUAAAGAGAAAGGAUAGUGAAGUGAAUAACACAAGCACCUUCAACACGAAGGCAAUCACAGUUGGUCAACCUAAAACAGCUACGGUUGAGCAACAGAGUUCUCAAAGGCAGGAAUCAGGUACAAGGCAGAAUUCUGAAAGGAUGCAGUUCACACCUAUCCCCGUGACAUAUCGUGAACUUUAUCAAAGCUUAUACAAUGCACAUGCUAUUUCUCCUUUUUACUUGAAACCACUACAGCCCCCAUAUCCCAAAUGGUAUGAUGCAAACGCCAGAUGCGAAUAUCAUGCUGGAAUACCGGGGCAUUCGAUCAAAAAUUGUAUCGAUUUUAAGAAGACCGUAGAGAGGCUCAUUAAGAUGGGGGUAGUGAAGUUCGACAAUACCCCUAAUACUGAAAACUCGUUGCUAAAUCAUAGUGAUCAAGGAGUGAAUGCCAUUAUCGAAGCCAGUGAGAGAAGAAUGAAGGAAGAUGUUGCUGAGGUGAAGAUGCAUAUAAAGGUGAUUUGGGAGGAGAUGAUGAAGAGAGGUAUGUUAACCUCUAAAAACGAGAGAAGAGAAAUAAGGAACUAUGAUGAGUUCCAUGAGAAAGAAGGACAUGAAGUUCAAGAUUGUGAAGAAUUCAAGGCCUUGGUGCAAGGUUUUAUAGACAACAAAGAACUACAAAUUUUUGAAUGUAGCUCUUGUGAAAAACAAGUAUGUGUGCUGGAGGAUAAACAGAAAGGAGCUAGCCGGCCAAGGAUUAUUAUUUCCCUGCUGAGGAAUAAUGAAGUGUGGGAACAAACGGAGCCUAAGGUCAUUAUCCAUAAGCCUACGCCUUUCCUUUAUAAGGAUAGCAAGAGGGUACCAUGGAGCUAUGACUGCAAUGUGACAGUGCCGGAGGAGGAGAAUAUAGCCAGCACGUCUAAAGAUGUACAAGUUGAGGGUUUCCAUACACAGAGUGGGAAGCGGUAUGAUACGGUGGGCUUUAGAGAGGAGCCCACAAAAAUAAAGAAUAUUAGUGCAGAGAAGGAGAAAGAGGCUAAAGUGCCUGUCAAGAAGCCAGUAAAGGAGGAUGAGGCUAAGGAAUUUCUAAAGUUCCUUAAGCAUAGCGAGUAUAGCGUGGUUGAGCAGUUGCGUAGGCAGUCGGCUCGCAUAUCAAUAUUGGCUCUACUUCUGAGUUCUGAGGUAUAUCAGGAUGCAUUUAUGAAGGUGCUCAACGAAACAUAUGUCACUCAUGACAUAUCCGUUAACAAGCUGAACCGGUUGGUGAAUAAGAUAAGUGCAGAUAAUUUCAUCUACUUUAAUGAUGAUGAAAUCCCACCGGGGGGCAGAGGGUCAACUAAGGCUUUGCACAUCACCAUUCGAUGCAAGGGAAGGGAGCGAGCCACCGGUGCCAAAGAUAGCAAGAACUACGAGGAUGGCUCUAUAAAUGAUGGUGGAAAAGGGAGUCUUACUAGGAAUAGGGUUAGGAAAAUACCUGCAAUGAGGGACUCAAAUCCCAGAACUGAAAGAGAAGAAAGAUUACUUUGGUCUGGGCUUCAAGCCAUACUAUAA